AUGAUCACACUGGGAAAAGCGAGCCGCUUGCAUAUACUCCAGGCUAUUGCCACCCAGCGCGUACCAGCUGGCAAACACGCGUCAUCCAGUCCACAACCGAUUCCAAGAAAAAGAACAUGCCAGGAAAGAAAACCUGCCGUCUGCACGCACACCAUGGCUGAAGCUGCCGAAGACCCAGAAGACUUCGCCCAGCCCAAGGUAGCACCAGUUAGCCAUGGCUUGCAUGAAAGCAAAAAGCGCAAUGCCUUUGCAGAGCUGAUGGCGCCCAAGCCCAAAGCAGCCAAGCCAGACGCUUCCACGGGUCCGUCAUCAGUCAGCGCUCGUUCCUCCUCGCACAAGGAAACCAAGAAACCGGGAGCCAAAACAGCAAAGUCACAAUGGAGCAGUGCAUUGCUUGAGUACAUUGACCAUCCCGACCGCUUCCCACAGCAAGUCAUCCGUGUGACGGACAACACGGUCCUGAUUCGCGAUGGCUUCCCCAAGGCCACCGUACAUCUUCUACUCCUCCCCCGGUCUCCCGCUCAUUACGACCUGCACCCACAUCAGGCAUUCCAAGAUCAGGGCUUCCUUGCCAUGAUGCGACAUGAAGCUGUCAGCGCCGCCAACCUAGCUGCUGCCGAGCUCGAACGCAAGCUGUCGACCUUUUCUGCGUCGAGCAAAGCACGCAAUGAAGCCAUGGAAAGAGGCGUCCCCUUCGACCAGCUUCCACAAGGCCGGGAUUACCUGUCCGACAUCCGUAUCGGCAUGCAUGCCCACCCUUCCAUGGACCAUCUUCACGUGCACAUCAUUUCGCGUGACAUGCACUCGGAUAAGGUCAAGCAUCGGAAGCAUUACAACAGCUUCAACACGCCCUUUUUCAUCCCUCUUGACGAUUACCCGCUCGCCGGGGAUGACAAACGACGCAGCACUUCCUUCCAGAACGCAAACCUGUCCAAAGGACUUGUCUGUUGGCGCUGUGGACAAGAAUUUGGCAACAAGUUUGCCGAGCUGAAGAGGCAUCUUGAAACCGAAUUUGAACAAUGGAAGAAGGAGUGA